CCGGAUGUGGACGUGGCACAGCGCUGCAGCAGUUCCGCUGAAUGUCCGCGUCUGAAGAAGGGAUUAGUGAGCAACACUCCGGGACGACAUCGGCUUUUUAGUUUUGUCGCUCAGUGGGCUUUUGUCGUUUGCCACGAUUAAAGGAUAGCCUUACGAUUUGUUAAUCUUCGGAGCUUUAGGGAUGAACUGAGGAUGAAUGUAAACCAGCACACUCCAAUGGCCUCUCCAUAUGGCCAGCCCCAGCCUGGCUAUGGUCAGCCCAACUACGCACCCCUGGAUGGGGGGUACCCAGCUUCGUAUGCACCCUACAAUGGUCCUGCUUCCGCCUAUCAGCCUGGGGUUCCACCUCAAGGUUAUUCUUUCACAAGCUUUCCUUCUAAGGCUGUGGCAGCCAACCCAGCCUCUGACCUCUCCUCUUCUCUUGACUUAGGUUCUGCUAGGGGUCCUCCCACCUCUGCACCCCCUCCGGUCUCAGCCCCUCAACAGUACAACCAGUACAGCCACAGUCCAGCAGACAUGCAGAACGGACCCCCACCGAUGACACAGGCGCCACCCAGGCCAGCUGGAUCUCAGCCGUAUGGGUUGGGAGGGGGGCAGCCUUCCUACCCUCAACACUACGCUCCUCCACCCACAAUGCAACAGGUCACCAACCAGAUGGGCGGGAUGCAGCUCACAUCUGGACCACCAACCCCUGCAGGGCUGGGAUAUGCUCCACCUCACAGCUCCCAGCCUCCCAUCAGUACUUCCUACCAGUCUGCACCUCAGCCCUCUUUCACCCAGGCUCCUCCUCCCGCGUCCUCUGCUCCCACCCAGCCACCUCCUCCCAAUGCUCCUGCAGCUUCUCAGCAGUACUACAGAGGUCCUCCACCUCCUCCUCAGCCGCCAUUUAACUCGGCUCUCCCCCCGACCUCUCAGCAGCAGUUCCUCUCCUCUGCUCCGCCACCUCCAUCUCAACAAACUUUUCCUCCCUCCUUUUCGAGUUCCAUCCCUCCUCCCAGUUGCGCCCCAGCUCCCCCAGUUUCCCAGUCACAGCAGCCCUUCUCCACUCCUCAGCCCCAUUUCUCCUCAGCACCUCCUCCUGUUAGCCAGCCUGGCUUUCCAAGUGGUCCGCCUCCUCCUGCCCAAGGCUCCUUCCCACCUCAGCCAACCCCGUCCUCCUCGCAGCCUGGCUCAGUUCCUCCUCCUGGUCCUCCUCCGACCUCAGUCACCCCUGGACAGUACCCCACCCCCAUUCAACACCAACAGCAGCCUCCUGACUCUCAGCCAUCCCCGUACCACUCAGGGCCACCUCCUCCUAGAUUUCAGAUGCCUCCCACUGUUAACCACCUCCCUCCAGGACCACAGAGCCCACCCGGCCCCCAGGGGCCCCUGCAGCAGCCUCCCUCUCCACAGACAGGAUACCCUCCUCAGCAGAACGGUGCUUUCGGGCAGACAAGAAGCCCCCAGGCUGGUUAUCCAGGUCCUUAUCCUGUGCAACCAAACUACGGAGCCCCUGCACCUGCUCCAGCUCCUGCUGCACCUGCACAGAAAAGACUCGACCCUGACGCCAUCCCCAGCCCGCAAGCACCUGACAUGCCAGCUGUGCAGAAAUCAAGACAUAGAAUAGAUCCAGAUGCUAUUCCCAGCCCAAUCCAGGUGAUUGAGGAUGACAAAGCUAAGACCAACGAGCCUUUCGUCACAGGGGUCAGAGGUCAGGCUCCACCACUGGUCACCACCAGCUUUCAUGUCAGAGAUCAAGGGAAUGCCAGUCCACGCUUCGUUCGCUGUACAGCCUACAACAUGCCUUGCACAGCCGACAUGGCCAAGCAGUCUCAGGUGCCACUAGCUGCCGUCAUCAAGCCCCUCGCCACGCUGCCACCCGACGAGAAUCCUCCAUACAUGGUGGACCAUGGCGAAGGUGGUCCAAUCCGUUGCAACCGGUGCAAGGCUUACAUGUGUCCCUACAUGCAGUUCAUCGAGGGAGGGCGCCGCUUCCAGUGUAGCUUCUGCAACUGUGUCACAGACGUACCUCCUCAUUACUUCCAGCAUCUGGACCACACCGGUAAGAGGGUGGACUGCUACGACAGGCCAGAGCUGUCUCUGGGCUCCUACGAGUUCCUGGCCACUGUCGACUAUUGCAAAAACAACAAGCUUCCUCAGCCUCCAGCCUUCAUCUUCCUCAUUGACGUGUCCUACAAUGCAGUGAAGAGCGGCAUGGUCAGCAUCGUCUGCCAUGAACUCAAGAGCCUGUUGGACCACCUGCCCAGGGAAAACCCAGAAGUGGACUCUGUGGUGCGGGUGGGGUUUGUCACCUACAACAAGGUGUUGCAUUUCUACAAUGUGAAGGCGAGCCUGGCGCAGCCCCAGAUGCUGGUGGUGUCAGACGUGUCGGACAUGUUUGUGCCUCUGCUCGAUGGGUUUUUGGUCAACGUGAACGAGAGCCGGCAAGUUAUUGAGAGCUUGUUGGACCAGAUCCCGGAGAUGUUUGCAGACACCAGGGAGACGGAGACAGUCUUUGGACCUGUCAUCCAAGCUGGACUGGAGGCAUUGAAGGCUGCUGACUGUGCAGGGAAGCUGUUUGUGUUUCACACCUCUCUGCCCAUCGCUGAGGCUCCUGGAAAACUAAAGAACAGAGAAGACAAGAAGUUAAUUGGGACAGACAAGGAGAAGUCGCUGUUUCAGCCUCAGGUGGGAUUUUACAACAACCUGGCGAAGGAGUGUGUAGCUCAGGGCUGCUGUGUGGAUCUGUUCCUCUUCCCUAACCAGUAUGUGGACGUUGCAACGCUAGGAGUGGUUCCUGUCUCCACGGGGGGCUCGGUCUACAAAUACACCUAUUUCCAGGCUCAGACAGAUCAAGAACGAUUCCUGAAUGACCUCAGGCGAGACCUUCAGAAACACGUUGGCUUUGACGCUGUCAUGAGGGUGCGAACAAGCACCGGGAUCAGAGCCACAGACUUCUUUGGCUCCUUCUACAUGAGUAACACCACAGACGUGGAGCUGGCCGGUCUGGACUGCGACAAGGCCAUCACCGUCGAGUUCAAACAUGACGACAAGUUGAGUGAAGAGACGGGGGCGCUCAUGCAGUGUGCCGUUCUGUACACAAGCUGCAGCGGUCAGAGGCGUCUCCGCAUCCAUAACAUGGCCGUUAACUGCUGCUCUCAGCUGGCUGACCUCUACCGCAACUGUGAGACCGACACAAUCAUCAACUACUUCUCCAAAUAUGCUUUCCGGGGGGUUCUGAGCAACCCCACCAAAGCAGUGAGAGAUACGCUGGUCAACCAGUGUGCUCAGAUCCUGGCCUGCUACAGAAAGAACUGUGCAAGUCCUUCAUCUGCUGGCCAGCUUAUUCUUCCAGAGUGCAUGAAGCUGCUUCCUGUCUAUCUGAACUGUGUGCUGAAGAGCGACGUCCUGCUGCCGGGAGCCGACGUCUCAUUGGACGACCGGGCUUACCUCAAGCAGCUGAUCAGCUGCAUGGACGUCGCUGACACACACGUCUUCUUCUACCCCCGCCUGCUGCCAGUGAUGAAAUUGGAAAGCGGCUCUUUGCCGGUGGCAGUAAGGGACUCGGAGGAGAGGCUGUCUAAGGGCGGAGUUUACUUGAUGGAGACUGGGCUUCAUCUCUUCCUGUGGGUGGGAGCCAGCGUUCAGCAGGAGCUGCUGCUCAACCUCUUCGGCACGCCAAGCUUCAGCCAGAUCGACUCGAGCAUGAUAAAUUUGCCUGUUCUGGACAACCCGUUCUCACAAAGACUCCGAGAGAUCAUCGACUCCUUCAGAGCUCAGCGGUCUCGAUACAUGAAGCUGGUGGUGGUGAAACAGGAAGACAGAACCGAGCUGAUAUUUCGACACUUCUUGGUGGAGGACAAGAGCGCCAGUGGGGGAGCUUCGUACGUGGAUUUCUUGUGUCACAUGCAUAAGGAGAUCCGCCAGCUUCUCAGCUAGGCCCUGAGAUCCCCGCCUCCACCACAAACACGCCCCUUUAACCAGACCUGGUCACCUUUCACCCUCUAAUAUUUUUUUAACUGUAUAAACUAAAACUAUUCUUACCAUCUGUCAGCUGAGCUCCAGAAACCAGCUCCCAGAUCCAUCAUGUGUAUGAAAACGUGUGUUUGGAGAGAGACUGAGAGCAAGAUGUUAGUAAAGCCUCAGAUCCACAGCUCCAACACAACUGACCGGGAAAAGGUGUGCGUGUGCGUGUGCGUGUGCGUGUGUGUGUGUGUGUGUGCGUGCGUGCGUGCGUGCGUGCGUGCGUGCGUGCGUGUGUGUGUGUGUGUGCGUGCGUGUGUGUGUGUGAAUGCUUAUGUAUGUAACAGACUGAGAUAAGAGGGCUGAUGUUAACUGUAGUUGCUGUACUGUCUGUAUUACUAGCACUGAAAGGCUUUUUUGGGAUCAUAAUUGAAUAGCAAACACUUUUUAUAUGAUUGAGUCCCAAUCCAAUGAAAGACAUUAAUGUAUGGAAAAUAAAAGGAAAUAAAUGCUGUCUAGAUGACUCUUAUCCACUUUAAUCAUGGCAUCCCUAACGUGCGUGCGUGCGUGUGUGUGUGUUAUGUUCAGAUGUGAGGAUUAGCUGCCAUUUGCCUCAUUUUUAAUCUGCUUUGAAUCCAGAUGGAUGCAUCUGGAUUUGGGGGUAGCUCAAACCGAGGUCUGAAAAUGCAGAAACAAUUUAGAACAAAAUAAUUGUUUGAUUUCACUGAUCAAACUAAAUAGAGAAUAACUGUUUACAACAAAUAAAUCAAACUCAUUUGUUUAAAUCCACUUUCUGAGUGGUGCCAGCAUCUGGCAUUAAUGUCUGGACUGUUAUGAGCUAGAUGUGCCCUUCAGAUUAUUUGUCAUGGGAUUAAACUCCCCUUAUGCAGCACAGGGAGAAGGCUGCAGUGGUGUGGACAGUUGCAGACUUUAUAUUCGUUCUAAUUUGGACGUUUGGAGAGAAAAUUAUCCAGUGAUCACAGAAUGAUGGCUGAUGAGUGAAAACAAGAUUGUAAGGCUAUUCAGUGUGUAAAUACAAUAUAUAAUCUGUACAGAAUUAAAAAACAAUAGCUAUUUUAAAAACAAGCCUGAGCCAGAAUAUAAACAAGGCUUUACUAAAGAGAGGGAGGUGGGAUUUUGGAUGUUUCUGCAUGUGUGUGUGAAUGUGAGUUGGUUCUAGUGAAUUUCUCAUGAGGAACAGAGGGAUCAGCCAACACACACACAAAACCCCCGAGAUUGAACUCAUCUCUUCGUUUGUUUUUAACCAUGUGAUUUUUGUGUUUGGUGCGUGCAGCCCUCGGUUCCGUCUACACUUUCACUGACUCGCAGUGACCCAUCAUCAUGACUGUAAACCUUUGUUUCUGUUUCUGAUUUCUUUGAUUCUUUUUCUUUCUCCAUUGCCUCUUGGGAUUGCUAAUAAAACGAUUGUUUAAAGUGAAACUCCA